AUGGCUACCAACUCACUAACACCAAAGGAAACAAUACGUCAUAGUGCAGCGACAGCAGCGCCGCUCGCCGCGCGUUCUUUAUUUCAUUCUCUUACGAAAAUUUGCGCGCACGACUGCAAUAGUGAAUUUAAUCUCUUCAAAAUCGUGUCAUUUUGUAUCAUUAUCGGUAGUGUUUCUUUUAAUGAGAGAGAUUUACCCAGGUUUGGCACACCGCUCAACAACCUGACGGUCUCCGUGGGUCGCGAAGCCGUUUUCACCUGCAUCGUGGAAAAUCUUGGCCCGUACAAGGUGGCGUGGCUGCGAGUGGACACACAGACGAUCCUCACGAUCGCUACUCACGUUAUUACGAAGAAUCAUCGGAUCGCCGUGACACAUAGCGGUCAUCGUAGAUGGUGUCUUCAUAUUCGCGACACCAAAGAAACGGACAGGGGAUGGUACAUGUGCCAAGUCAACACCGACCCGAUGUCCAGCAACACUGGAUUCCUCGAAGUAGUAGUACCACCGGAUAUCCUGGACGACUCCACCAGCACCGACAUGGAGGUACAAGAGGGUAGCAACGUAACGUUACGAUGCGCCGCCACUGGUACCCCCAAGCCGAAAGUCACGUGGCGACGUGAAAUCGGCGGCACCAUCGCACAGUCGAAUUCCCACGAAGGUACGCAUUUGAGAGGAUGUAAUUUAAUUUCACGCGAUCACGGGUCCGGGAACGAUUUUGGCAGUGGUAGUAAAGAUAUCGCGUAA